CCACCUCGAGCUUCCGCAGGUUGUGUGGCGCGCCCUGCGGCUGCCACCAUCCUAUCCCGACCAUGGCCGAGAACCCGUACCCCAUCCCAUCCAAGCGCCUCGACGUCGUGAUCAUCGGUGCCGGGCUGAGCGGCCUCGGCGCCGCGUACCGGCUGCAGACCGAGUGCCCUGACCAUUCGUACGCCAUCCUCGAGGGCCGCGCGUCGCUCGGCGGGACGUGGGACCAGUUCAAGUACCCGGGCAUCCGCUCCGACUCGCCGAUGAUCUGCUUCGGCUUUGGCUUCAAGCCGUACAAGCCAUACACGCACCUCGCCGAGGGCCGCGAGAUCCUCGAGUACAUGCGGCAGGUGGCGGAGGAGAACCGGCUCGACAGGCGGAUCCUGUACCACCGCAAGGUCACCUCCAUGUCGUGGGACUCGACGGCGCGCGUCUGGGCCCUCGACGUCGACGUCGAGAACGGCGCGCGGCGCGAGCGCGUCGAGGCGAGC